UUUCGGUUACGCCGGCACAGUUCGCUUCCUCGAUGCAGAGCCACACCUCAAUGUUGGCCGGCUUCGGAACAGAUCGCAAGAAGCACUUUUGAUUCUUCUGUUAACCGUUGGAAACAGGCUGUGUAAAGUGCGAAUAAGAAGCAGAGACCUGACCGGAGUGACACCAGAGUUCUAGGUUUGACCAAAGGAAAAACAAUCCUAUAAGAAGAGAAACUGCUUCAGGGAAGAGCAAGAUUUUGAUCCCAGGUCAUCUGAAUGGAGUGAUAAGAAAAGAGAUCCCUCUCAUACCCCCUCCAAAAAAGACUGAAAAACAGAAAAACGCCUUUUAGCCCUCUUGAAGUGGGCUGUGCCGAGCUGGAGAACACUGUAGCAAUGAGCAACUUCUGGCACAAAAUUGGCUGCUGUGUGGUGGUAAAGCCCCCACCGAAGAAGCGAAGGCCACGGAUAGACCGCAGCAUGAUUGGAGAACCAAUGAACUUUAUUCAUUUGACUCAUAUUGGGUCAGGAGAUAUGGGCAGUGAUGGCUUUUCUAUGAUUCUGUGAAUCCACUGUCUUUCCAAAAUGAAGGGACAAUGCAGGAGCAAUUUGUAAAUGUCAGAACUGACAGAGAAGUGUAAAAUGAUCCAACCAUAGACCACAAAUGUUGACUUUCAGAUCUACCACAAACACAGGCAGCAGUUCUGGCAGACGUGUACUUUUUCCUGUUUUGGCACACUUCCUUUACCCUUGAUGCUGCCUGCAGUGGACUUUCUUUUUCAUAAAAUGUUUUCAAUUUUCCAUCCAGAUCAAAAUGAAAAUUAAAUAAUCAUUUUGAAAAUGAUUUUGUAUUUUCCAAGCAAAGUUGUGCAGAUGGUUUCCUGCAGCCUAGAAUUUGAUUGCUGACUGUGAUGGUCUUCAGUGGAUCUGGAGCACAUGCAUGUUAUGCACAAAAAGCACAUUGCGCUGCAUAUUUACUGAGAUUUUAAUUUGCCAGCGUGUGUGGGCGUACAAUUUGCAGGGCUUAAGUGCUCUUAAAAUAUUUCCCAUAGUUCAUUAUUACCAUGUGGGUGUUGCAUCUGAGGGGAUUGUUUUCACUGAGAUAGUCAAAGGGACCCAAUUGGGUUCUUCUCUUGCUUGUCUAACAAGAACAUAAGAGUGUAGCGUGUUUUUAGAUUUUCUGGACCUUGCAAGUUUAGUCCUGCUGGUAGUCAGUCUCUACCCACUGACACUCUGUUAUUGGCAUGAAAACACUCUCCUCUGCUUGUACAGCCGUAUAUUUUUUAUUUUGUCUGUCAGUACAACCAAACCUAACAGUGUUUAACGUCAUAAUGUUGCAUCAAGUCAUUUAACCUUAAUGAAAUUUGUCAGCUUUUGAUUCCAUAUUUUUUCUGGACCUGUGAUGUAUUUUUUUUAACUCAGUUCUCCUUAAUAUCUUUAAAAUAAGCACCUUUACCACAGCCAUUAAUACAUAAGUGCAAGCUUUAUUUAAGGGAGUGUCAGAGUUAUUUAAAUUGAACAGAAUGCACAUCGGAAAAAUAAAUUAGUGUGCUUAUAUACUGUACAAAUGACCAUACUUGUUUAAUUGUGCCAUGUAUAGUUAUUAAAAAAAAAAAAUUACCACCCAGACUAUUUUUUUAAAAUACAAAUGUAACCUCAAGUCUCCAUUCAAAUGAAUAACCACAUUGUGUGUGCAACUUCCAAAUUAAAGUUGGAACUCAGUCUCAGCCAAUUAUUUGAUAUUCAUUUUAUAUGUUGUUUUGAAAGCAAGCUGGUUGCUUUCUUGUCGAUAAAAAGUGGUAAUCAGUGGUGAGUGAUAUUGCCAUAUGCUACU